CCCACGUGUCCAGAGUCUGUAAGGUUCCUCCAAGUGACUCUAAUGUAUAACUAAGGGAGAAGUGCUCACGGAGAUGUAAUUAAGGCCGAUUCUAAACCUGGUGGGGAGCAGGAACUGGGGAUAUAAUUCAGUUGGCAGAAUGCCCAGCAUGCACGAAGCCGUUGGGUUUGAUCCUCAACACUGUCCAAGACAGGCGUGGUGGCACAUGCUUGUAAUCCAAGAAUUUAGGAGGAAGAGGCGGGAGAUUAGGAGUACAUACAUAGCAAAAGUCAAAGUCACUGGGAGCUACAUGGGGCCUUGUCUCAAAGGAAAAAUAAAAUUAGGGUCCCUCUCCACUGAUAGAGGGUUAAGAAAUCCAAAACAUUUAAGAGAACAUCCACCCUCCAUAAACCUGAAUGAAGACCUCAAGUUUCCGGGAUCUACCGUACUUGUUCUUGCACCUGGUAGCCACGUGGUGUCGCUAUUGACAACAGGCCUUCCUGAAAAGACUGUGGACAUGCAAGUCCCAUCAGGGCCUCCUAGGACCCAGCACAUCAACUAAGGUGACUCACCAAGAGGUCCAAGGGCCCAUCUCUUAGAGAAUACUGCUUUCAAGCCAGGUGAAACUGCCAUCUGCAGAUGCAUCAUGCCUCCUGAUCAGUAGUUGCUUAAGAGAUGCACAGGUGGUGUAAGCCUGAGUUCCAGAAAGGAAGCAGUCUGGAGGCACCAUAACUCCUGGGGAAAUGACAGAUAUUGUAGCUAUUUGGGAUGUUAUUUUAAACGAUGGAGCCCACAAGAUUGAAUUUGAACAUGGGACGACAUCAGGAAAACGAGUUGUGUAUGUGGAUGGGAAGGAAGAGAUAAGAAAAGACUGGAUGUUCAAUUUAGUGGGCAAAGAAAUCUUCUGCGUUGGAGUGGGAAAAACCAAAGCCGCCAUACGUAUACUGUCUGGCAAAGGUUAUGUUUUUAAAUAUAUCCUGGAAAUUGAGGGGAAAAGCUUCAGGAAGUACAUGGAGAACAGAUCAAAGACCACCAACACCUGGAUACUGCACUUGGACGGCAAGAACUUUAGAAUUGUUUUGGAAAAAAACACUAUGGAUGUGUGGUGCAAUGGUAAAAUAAUAGAGUCAGCGGGCAAGUUUGUAGAUGAUGGAACUGAAACACACUUCAGUGUUGGGAACCAUGAGUGUUACAUAAAAGCCGUCAGCAGUGGGAAGAGAAGAGAAGGGAUUAUCCACACACUCAUUGUGGACAACAGGGAGAUUCCAGAGCUCCUCCAGUGACUACUUGUUAAUGGGUUCUGAGCUGAAGAGGAGACAUCAGGACUUGCUAAUGGCUGUGGUAAUUAAAUGUGUUCACUGUGUACAUAUCGGUAGAUUUAGUCUGCAAUGUUUUCAUUUUUCUCUUUUGUUACUUGAAACUGUAAUAUUCCAAUGGUCAGAAAAAUGUGUUUUAUUAUUUCUAUUGCAUUUGAAUGCAUGCUUGCAUGCCACACUGCAUGUAUAGAGGUCAGAGAACAGCUAUCUGGAGUUGGUUCUCUCCUCCUGAACUUAGGUUGCCAGGCUUGGCAGCAAGCUUCCCAUAAUUGCUGCCCCAUACCUCAUCUUUUAAGUGAUGUAAAAAUGUUGUAAAAUUAAAUGGAAAAUAAUAUAGAAAUCUAAAUGAAGAACAUUGCACAUCAGUAAUCUUCACUGGAGUGUACCCUGUAAAAUAAAACCUAUGCUGUACCCCAUGUAUUUCUACAAGUAAACUUGUCGGCAUAACUUUUCUUCUCCUGUGCAGAUAGGUUGCCUCUACAUUAAAG